AUGAUUCCAACAUACUAUCAUCCACCACCCGAUCCCACCGACCCCUCAUUCGACCGAGAAGCAUGGAUGGUCGCAACCAUCGACGGCGUUAACUAUUCCAACCAAGCCUGCGCCGCCAUGAAGGAAGGCCGAUUCGAAGAGUCCAUCGAGCUGCACAAGAAAGCUCUCGCAUGCAAGCUGCGCUUCCACCCCCCAGAUUCCAUCCAGGCCGCCAUCAGCUACAACGGCAUGGGUGAAGCCAUGCUGCGAACGGGAAAGCUGCAAGAAGCAGAUGAAGCCUUUCACAAGGCGCUACCGAUUCGAGAAGCAGGAGGUCCGGUCCUAGAUGCGGCAGUCACCCGUGACAAUAUCGGCCAGCUGCGAGAGAUGCAGGGAAGAUUCGCCGAGGCUAGGGAGAUACGGAUUAGAGGCUCGGGAGAGCAUAUGGUGUGCGGAUACUACUACUGCCCCCAUAGUGAAACGGUCCCUCAGAAGAAUCUGAAAGCCUGUGCUUCAUGCCAGUCGGUUUUCUACUGCACCAGGGAGUGCCAGAAGCAGGACUGGAAUAAGCGACAUAAGCCGCUAUGCCAAGGACGCCAGGCCGAGGGAGAGCCUAGCAACCAGGAAGCUGGACAGUGA